AUGGAUUCUUGCACUCCUAUAAAGACACCGGUAGAAGCUAGAAUUCCGUGGGAGCAGAUAGAUAAUGCUGAGUUAGUGAAUCAAACACAUUAUCGCCAACUGGUUGGGAGUCUACGCUACUUAACAGCAACCAGGCCUGAUAUUUCAUUUGGAUUUGGUCUAGUUAGUCGAUUCAUGGAGGCACCUAGUCAAGCUCAUUUACAAGCUGCAAAACGGAUUCUCCGUUACGUAAAAGGUACACAAGCUGAUGGUAUUUUUUAUGCAUCAUCUAAUAACUCUGAACUGCUUGGAUAUGCGGACACUGAUUGGGCGGGUGAUCAUUUAGAUCGAAAGAGUACUUCUGGUUUCUUGUUUCUUAUGGGUUUUGGCAUAAUCUCUUGGUCAUCGAAGAAGCAGCAAAGUUGCUCUCUCUACUGCCGAAGCUGA